GCAAUUUUUCAAAAAUCUUCAAGUUUAGGACUUUUAUGAAACAAAAUGCUCUGGUUAUUUAUAGUGGCUGCAUGCAUGUCUAAAGUGUGGGGAAACCCUGUGGAUAAUCAUAUGACCUCUGAAAUCCAGAAUGAUGAAGGAUAUAUUAAUUUACAGGGGAGAACAUAUCCACAUGUGUCAAGAAACAGUGAAACAUUAAUGGAACUUCAGGGAGAUUACGCGGUUCAAGAGGGGGACCUCCUAUUACCUAGUGACAGGAAUGCAGUGAGUUCUCUGUGGCCUGAGGUGGAUGGAAAUGUGUCCAUACCAUUUAAAAUUAACGCUGAGCUUGCGGACCGGACUGUUGACAUCCUAAAGGCCUUAAAAAUGAUCAGUAAUAAGACCUGCAUAAGGUUCCAUCAGCAUACUAAUGAAACCGACUACUUGCUAUUUUCUUACAGUGAUGGGUGUGCCUCUUAUGUCGGAUGCAUGGGGGGUGAACAGCCUGUUCUGGUUGGACCGCCGUGUGGGGCUGGGAACAUCGGCCAUGAGAUCCUUCAUUCUCUCGGCUUGCACCAUGAACAUUCUCGCCAUGACCGUGGAGAUCAUAUCACUAUUCUGUAUGAAAACAUUAGCCCUGGGAAAGCGAGUAAUUUUGCUGAGAAAGAUGGAGACACGCUCGGUCUUCAGUAUGACCUUGGAUCUCUCUUGCAUUAUGGAGCCUAUUAUUUCUCCUCCAAUGGAAAACCCACAAUUGUGUCCAAAAGCAGCAAGGUACAGAUCGGCCAGAGAACUCGCAUGAGUGACCUUGAUGUAAAGAAGAUCAGGAAGCUGUAUCACUGUGACAAGAGAGAGAAAAAGGGUAAACGUGGUGGUGAUUCAUCUAACCUUCCAUGAAACCACUUCUCUGGCACAUUAAGGGCUGAAUUGAUUCUCCAAUGAUGGGAAUUUUUAAUUGAGAAGGAAAAAUAAAGGUCUGAA